AUGAUGUUCUCUGCGAUGCUCGUUGGCGCUGGUGCAGCCGUCGCUGCGGCUCAGGGCUCCGGCUUCCCUCAGGGCUUCCCUCAGUGCGGUGUCACUUGCGUCAACAACAUGUUGAGCCAAGCUUCCCAGCUUGGAUGUUCCGAGAUCACCCCCUCGUGCCUCUGCACUAAACAGAACUUCAUAUACGGAGUUAGAGACUGCGCUACGGAGUCUUGCCCUGACCAAUCCGUCGCCCAGCAGGUCAUCCAGUACGGUAGUCAAUACUGCGCUGGUGUUGGUGUUGUCGUCUCUGGUAUUCCCUCUGCUACUGGAGAGAACCCUACUGCCUCCACCACUGUGGUUGCAACCGCGUCUCCCACCGCCAACCCUGGUUCUCCUGAGGGAUCAGCUUCGGCUUCAGCUUCGGCUUCAUCGGCUCUGUCAGCCUCGUCGGCUUCGGAAAGUUCCACUUCUGGAGGAUCAGCAACUCAAGAGUCCAGCAGUAAGAGCCUUUCCUUUACCAUCGUAACGGGCAGUUACGGUGACGUUUAUAUCUCCAUGCUCACAGACAAUUCAGCUUCCGGUACUGGUAUCGUUGUUAUCCCCAUCACUACGGCGACCAUCUCGACUACUAUCAGCGGCAGUGAUGGCCCCAUCACCUCGGCUGUCGCUAGUACCGUCUUCUCGACUUCUGGAGCUUCCGCCUCGGGUAGUGUCACCUCUGGCACUGAGUCUGGAUCUGUCACCACGGGUGUGAUUGAGUCGUCUGUUACCACCAAUGGCUCGACCCUGGUAACUAGCAUCACUACUACCGGUCCGGCAAGCAGCCAAACCUCAGAGGGAAGCAGCGAAUCUACCCCCAACGGAAACGCGGAGUCGACUUCAUCUACUUCGAACCCUGCUGCACAGCGAACCGCAGCACCAGCCGGCCUCAUUGCCGCUGCUGACAUGUUCGCCGUAAUAUCAAUCAAGUCGCUGCCAAAACUGGACUUACCUGACCUGAAAGAAUUGCUGCUCCUCCUCGAGAAAGAUAUGAAUGGCCCACGGCCGAGUUACUUCUGCCAUACCUGCACGCGCUUACAUUAUCUCGAGAACACCGGCGAGGACGAAACCAUAUUCAACUAUAACCACGGUAUAAAAUCAAAUAACCAUUGUUGCAAUGACCUAUGGCUUAGUGGUAGCAAUUUCGCCAUCAGAUACCACCAUAUCCGCCUCAUCAUGAAUCGGCACUAUUACGGCGCACCUGGAGGUUUGCCGUUGAGCGUGUUUGACGUCGUAGACCAGUCGGGAUUCUGCCAGCCACGCUAG